AGGUAAAAAGCACUACUAAGAAAACAUAUUACAAACAAUAAAAGAAAAAGAACCUACACACAUGCUAAUAAGCUUACUAGAUAUCACCCUAACAUGGAUUCUGGCAGGAGCAGUCCUCCAACCUCCCACCCAAGGGGAUUCCUUGUGGUUACAAAUUCAUUACAACUUCAGCUCAGAAAAAGUACACAGUCCUUUCAACGCUAUGCGGAGGAUUGAGGUCCUUUGAAGACCAGGGUCUCAUCCAUUUGCUGGUUCAGGAAGAAAGCCCAUGAGCCAGUUUAAAAUUAGGCUAAUUAUUCAAAACCCGUUUCUUUGGCCUUUGGUCCCCGGAGAAUGCAAUCUGAACUGGUAUAUGUGAGCCUCUCCAAGGCGGUGGCGUCAAGGGGUUGAUAACAGAGGAUACGUACAUUAGCAGCUCCUCUCCCUUCUAGAGAAGAUGGACCAGUCGUCUCCAACCUACAUGCUUGCCAACUUAACCCACUUACAUUCUGAACAGCUUUUGCAGGGCUUGAACCUCCUUCGCCAACACCAUGAGCUGUGUGACAUUAUCCUUAGAGUUGGCGAUGUCAAGAUCCAUGCGCACAAAGUGGUACUUGCUAGCAUCAGCCCGUAUUUCAAAGCCAUGUUCACUGGAAAUCUUUCAGAGAAAGAGAACUCUGAGGUAGAGUUCCAGUGCAUUGACGAGGCAGCACUGCAGGCUAUAGUGGAAUAUGCAUACACAGGGACUGUAUUCAUCUCGCAGGACACCGUAGAGUCACUUCUUCCAGCUGCAAAUCUUCUUCAGAUCAAACUUGUACUAAAAGAAUGUUGCACAUUUCUUGAAAGCCAGCUAGAUCCUGGCAAUUGCAUUGGGAUUUCUCGUUUCGCAGAGACGUAUGGCUGCCAUGACCUCUACUUGGCUGCUAACAAAUACAUUUGUCAGAAUUUUGAAGACGUUUGUCAGACUGAAGAAUUUUUUGAGCUUACACAUGCUGAAUUAGAUGAAAUUGUUUCAAAUGACUGCUUGAAUGUUGUCACAGAAGAGACAGUUUUUUAUGCACUGGAGUCUUGGAUCAAGUACGAUGUGCAGGAGCGACAGAAGUACUUAGCACAGCUGCUACACUGUGUCCGGUUGCCACUGCUGAGUGUUAAGUUUCUUACUAGGUUGUAUGAAGCAAACCAUCUUAUUCGUGAUGACCAUACUUGUAAACAUCUACUGAAUGAAGCCCUGAAAUACCACUUUAUGCCUGAGCAUAGACUUUCCCAUCAGACUGUGUUGACAACACGACCACGUUGUGCUCCUAAAGUACUUUGUGCUGUAGGAGGAAAAGCUGGAUUAUUUGCUUGUUUGGAAAGUGUUGAGAUGUAUUUUCCCCAGAAAGACUCCUGGAUAGGUCUGGCGCCUCUUAGCAUUCCCCGCUAUGAAUUUGGAAUAUGUGUCCUGGACCAGAAAAUAUAUGUUGUAGGAGGGAUUGCAACCCACAUGUGUCAAGGCAUCAAUUACCGAAAACAUGAAAGUUCAGUGGAAUGCUGGGAUCCUGAUACAAAUACCUGGACAUCUCUCGAAAGAAUGAAUGAGAGCCGAAGUACUCUUGGAGUAGUGGUUCUAGCAGGAGAACUGUAUGCCUUAGGUGGCUAUGAUGGGCAAUCUUAUUUACAGUCAGUAGAGAAAUACAUUCCAAAGGUUAAGGAAUGGCAACCAGUGGCCCCAAUGAGUAAAACAAGAAGUUGUUUUGCUGCUGCUGUCUUGGAUGGAAUGAUAUAUGCCAUUGGUGGUUAUGGUCCUGCCCAUAUGAACAGCAUGGAACGUUAUGAUCCAAGUAAAGACUCAUGGGAGACAGUAGCUUCAAUGGCAGACAAAAGGAUAAACUUUGGUGUUGCUGUCAUGCUGGGCUUCAUUUUUGUAGUGGGCGGACACAAUGGGGUGUCUCACUUGUCAAGCAUUGAGAGAUAUGACCCACAUCAAAAUCAGUGGACGGUGUGUAGACCUAUGAAGGAACCCAGAACAGGAGUUGGUGCAGCUGUAAUUGAUAACUACCUUUAUGUAGUUGGAGGUCACUCAGGGUCAUCCUAUCUGAACACUGUACAGAAAUAUGACCCUAUCCUGGAUACCUGGCUGGACUCUGCUGGUAUGAUGUACUGUCGAUGUAAUUUUGGUUUGACUGCACUUUGAUGAAAAGUGUGAACUCGUGGAUCUAAUGUGAAGAUGGAACUUUUUCUGCUUGAAAAGAUGCCCAAUUCAUGGAGACCAUAAGCUGCAUUUUCUGGGGUUGGAGGAGUGGGGUGAAUAUUUGAUUGACAGAGUUGGAUUUUUUUCCCCCAAAAUUGGCCUUGGUUAUUGUUAAUUACACAAAACAAAAUAAAUGGAAACUUGUUGCCAAUCUAGGGUAUGGACUACAUCCUGUUACUGGCAUGAAAUGGUUAUCUUAACGUUAGGAUACCUGGGAUAGGAUUAGAAAACCUAAUGUAUCCUUUCACUUUUUAGAGCUUUUACCUCUUCCUACUAUGAAACAUGCAGUUUACUGUGCUAGGAAUGAGAGAUACUUGAGUAUGUUGUAUGACUGGACUGUUUGUUAAUAGUUGUCUGGCUGUGUGUUCAUAUUGAGAAAAUGCCAGUGCUUCACAAUCUUUUUUAUGAAUAGUAACUAAAGGGCUGCCUUGUUUCUGAAUCUCAAGGUUUGUAAAUAAUAAAUGCCAUAGUAUGUUGCCUGUACACUCUCCUUUGUUACCUGCUUAAUGUGUUUUUGGGCUGGGGAUAAUUAUCAUGGGUGACUAUUUAAAUUAAUACAUUUUGCAAGGUAAGUUUAAUGCCUUUUAUUAUAUUUUGAACCUAUUAAAACAAAUUGCAAUCAACUGACUCGUUUUAACUUUCCCCUAUAUUUUUGUUGUGGACAGACUAAUGCUAGAUGAAAUUACUUACCUGGUCUGCAGUGUGCUUGUAACCAUAAUACAAAGAAAAUUUUAAAUGAUUAAUUCAUCAACAAUGUCUUGGUUUUCUUAAGUAGCACAGCAGAGUUCACAGCAUAGGUGUAAAUAUUUAGAAAGAUGUGUCCAUCCCAUCCUUGAUCCUAGCAGACUUGUGUUCAUAUUUCCUUGUAACUUUUAUUAUUUUUUUUUAAGAAUGUAUGAUUCCUUUUACAGAGUGUUCAGGUAUCAAAAUGGUGCUAAAUGUAGGAUUUACCACAAGGCUGUUACCAAUCUAGUGCAGUAUGCAUAAAGCAUGAUUUGUUUUGAUUGUUCUCUAGUGUAUUUGUUUCUCUCUAUCUGCUUGAUUAAUUUGUGCCUAUGAAAAAUGUCAGUAAUAACACAACAUACUCUUAAAUUUUUUCAAUUGAUCUAUCUAGUUUAAUAUUCCUGUUUUCACAAAGUUUCUAAAUAUGGACUGGAUGAAGAAUGCAUCUCUGCCUCUUUAGACGAGUUUUGCCUUUAAAAAAUAUCACAUUGAAUAAAAAGCACUGGGCAUGGUUAUUUAUACUAUGCAGAUAUCCUUUGUAACUAAAUCCUGAAGGUUGGUUCUUGUGAUAAACGGGAAUCUGAAGAAGUCUACUUCAGUGAUGGCCCUACAUUUAGUUAAGCUUUGGGUGGAUAAAUAAAAAAUUGAGGUUAUGUGAUGACCAUUUAUUUAAAAUAAAUAACUGAAUAAAUAUUAAUUUAGGUUACUAGAGUAUGUUUUACUAAAUGUUUCUUUCUGUUUUAAGCAAGGAAUCACGUUUAUCUUGCAUUCUGUUCUAAUAUUUGUACUUAUACUUGCAAUUCUGGUAACUUGGUACAUUUUUCUGCUUCUGGGAUUAUUCCCACCCCCGUCCCGAUUUUAACAUAAUAAUCCAAUGUAUGUUUCCCCUCACUCUUAAAAUCCACAUACUAUUAUUCUUGAAAGUGCAAUAAUGUUAGACAAAGUUAUUUUAAAAGCCAUUUAUAAGAACAUAAAAUAAGGUGUCCUGGAUGUACUUAAUUUAUUCUGAGUUUCUGUAAAACUAAUUGCAACCAGGCAAACUGCAGUUUUCCUUGUUCUUCCAUAAGCUAACAUUCAGAUUUAAACAAUGAGAGAACUGUCUUUUUAACCAUAAAAAAAUCAUGUUUCACCAAUGUUUGCAUGAAUUAUGAAAUCCUGCAAAUAUUCUUCAUACUUUACUAACUUGGUAGAAUUCAGCAGGAUUUGUAAGCAAAUACAAUGGACAAAUUUAGCAUUUUAUAUGCUGCUUAUUUGAAUGACCUAUUGCUUAUUCUAGUUACAUAGCAAUAAGAGCAUAAUUGAAUGAUUCCAGUUGAUCUGUUGAUAGAAGACAGGUAGCUCUAUUGUACAUGGACUGUUUGUGCGGAGAAAAGCAGUUUUAGGAACAGGUCACAACCAAAAUCAUGUUAGUCUGCUGUCUAGGCUGACUUUUCAUUUUGUUCGAGUAAAUACCCAAGCUGAAUGUUUACAUAUGCUGUUUUGCUUUCCAGUUAGAAUUUCAUAGCAAUACCAUUGAUUUUUGUGAAUUAAGGAGUAUCUUAUCCCGCAUCUAAACAAGAUAAAAAUGCUCAAGAACCUAGUUUGCAAAACAGUGUUUAAUUGAGUUUAUGCCUUGAAUUGGCUACAUGUUUUUUGUGUAAUUCAGUAUGUACUGAACUUUUUUAGGAGUUUGAUUAAUUACAAGAGUACUCCAUGAAGGCAGGUUUUUAAAAUACAGACUUAAGUCUCAGUUGAAUCAUUAGUAAACAAAGUUCAUGUGUAGAAAGUGGCACAAGAUACAGACAUAAGUGGUCUGGUGUCAGUAAAAAGAGAAUAGUACAUACCUGACAGGUAUGGUGAUGGUUCGUCAAUAUUUAGCUAGCACCUUUCAUUUAAGCAUCUCAAAGCAUUUUACAAGAGCAGUGUACAUUAUUCCCUUUAUUUAGGCUAUAGUGAAACUAAUUUAUACUAAAUAGACUUACCACUUUACAUGACACUGAGGUUAAUCCAGCCUAUUGCUAAAUUUAGAGUACUAACCCAAGCAACAUUUCAAUAUGCAGGUUUGAUGUUAAGAAUGGAAGAAGUAAUAGUUAAUGAAAAAUCCUGCUGUUUCUAGAUGCAGAUCUGUUUAGAUUGGAUAUUGAUAGAAGUGAAUCAAUGUAAGAUGCAGAAUACUCACAUAUGCUGUACAUCUAUCAAGUUUAGAGAUGUAAACUAAUAAAUAUAGCAUGUUCAUUUUCUGUUUUGGGCGCUGCUUGUGCUCUUCACCGAAGUGCUCCAUUUUAGGGAGAUCUGACACAACAAUCAGUUUAGCAUUUAAAAUAAAUAAACCUAUUACAGCCUGUACCAACUUUCAUGCAAUCUGAAAGCUAAGACCUUCAAAUAAGAUGUCAUACAACUUUAAAUUAUCAUCCAGUUCUAUUUCUUAAUCACUCAAAAAAAAUUUUUAAAAGCACUUUAAAAUAGGUGUGAGUUUGUAUGUGCAUAAGUCAUUGGAUUUUCACUCAGAUAUUUAGAAGAAACUUAAUAAAAUGCCAUAUGCAAGUUUCCUGACAGUCAUUGCUAUUAGAAAUGCUUUGAUUUUGGAAUAAUCCUGUUUGAAUCUCUGAGAGAACAAAUGUCUCCAGUAUACAUCUCUGAAGUCCCAAAUAGCUAACUGUUUUACUGGAGGUAGUUAAGUGUUGCUUUUGUGAAUUUGUCAUCUGUAAGUCCUCAUUCAUUUAUAUGAAACAAUGCAAAAAUUUCCAAGUUUGCCUUAAAUUCCUGAUAUUUAAUUAAAACUCAAAGAACUGGAUGAUAAUUCCUAUAUUUUGCCUUAUGUCCUGUGCUGUACAUUAAACCCAAGGAGAAUUUUAACUUUUAGCAGGAUUUAGAACCAUUGUAGAGAGAGUACUGUAUUGUACUCCGACUUGUGAGGAGUGAUUUGGUUGUGAGUUUCAGAUGAGAAAUGUAAUUUUGUAUGUACAGUGUUUUUAUGUGUACACUUUUUUUAGCAGCAGGAUUUUAUUUUCAUUAUUGUUUACAUAAGUGGCAUUUGAGUUCAAGAAAAAACUGCUGAAUAACUUGCAUUCUUGUUCUUAAUAAUGUUUGUUUGCUAUUGUGAUAAUGCUCUGUAACAAUUUGUUGUAACAGUAUUUCAUUUAAUGUGAAAUAUUUACUAAAUAAAUCGGGGAAAAAGGAUUUUAUUUUUA